UUAAUUUGGAACUUUUAACUGCCUUCCAACCAAUCUCUGCUCCUACGCAAUCUCCUGCCUCAUCAGUUGGUAAUGGAACAUUAUUAACGGAAACUCCUGCCUUGACCCAUGAAAGUAGUAUCUCACACAAGUACAGCAGCGCUUCAACAAACAUUUCCUUCAGCCAGUUACCAGUGUCUUCAUUGGAAAUCUACCCUUCCACUAGUCAGCCCUCUACCUCAUCAUCUGCAUCUUUAAGUGAUCCAAUUCUGGUCCUGACGUGCCAAAAUACCUCAAGCUCACCCUACCAGACCAGGAAUCUAGAGAAUCAUUGUUCAGCAUUACCCUCUACAUCAACACACAGUCAAUCUGUAAACUACGAUAACUACCUUUUAAUCAUGACUCCACUAUCUGACAUGUCUUCUGAUGAUGAGGAACUUAACCAGGCUAUACUAGCAAGCCUGCAGAGCAAAAGGACUUCAAGUUGUUUGGUAUCAGCAAAAGAUAUUUUGGAGGAACUUUCUGCAAAAAUAAACCAACAGAAGAAAUGUAAGUUCAACAUUAAUAGAUCAACAGUCCUGGAUGGAGCAAUUAGAGGUUUUAAAUGAGCAACAUAUGAUCCAUGCCACACAAUUUCUGUCGGGUUUUCUGACGAUAUCGGAGUACCUGAAGAGGCUGUUGACUUGGGUGGAGCAAGAAGAGAAUUUCUAAGACUUCUGAUUGAAGCUUUGCCCCUGUCUCCAAUGUUUGAGGGUGAAGAAGGCAAAAUGAACUUGGCGCUUGAUAGUGCUGCCAUGAGGGAAGACAGGUACUUCAUUGCAGGCAGAGCCAUUGCAGUAAGCCUUGUACAUGGUGGUCCACCAGCAGGCUUUCUGUCCCCAACACUCUUCUCUUGCCUUGUUGAUGGCCCAGAUUUGGCUAAACCAGUUUUAGAAGAUGUUGCCGAUAGUGACCUGCGUGAAAAAAUUAAAAGGGUUAAAGAGUGUAAAUCCUUUGAAGAUCUGAUAGUAGCAACUGAGCCACUUCAGGAAUACUUAGCCAAUGCUGGCUGCCUGAGGCCGCUGCAGAGGCUGGAAGACAAGGAUCUGCUUAUACAUGACAUUUUCAUGUUCCAAGUAAUACACAGAGUCCGUGGUCCAUUUGAAAGAUUUCAGGAUGGACUACGGACACUUGAGGUGCUGGACAAAAUCCAAGCUCACCCAGAGAGUUUUCGCACCCUUCUAUGCUGGUCACCUUCAGUGCUUACAGCUGACCUUCUUGACAGCCUCUUUACCAUCCGCCUUUCUCCAGCUGGGAGCAAUAAAAGGCAUGCUGAAGCAGUUGUCAUUAGUUUCUGGCGAGACUACCUAACAGAUGCAGAAGAUCAAGACGGAACGCAGAAGCUGGGGACAAUUCUUGCCUUCGCCACUGGAGCCAACACUGUUCCACCAAUUGGCUUCUCUCCACAACCGUCCAUUGAAUUUCUUCACCAAGAGCCUGAUGCACAAACCAUGUCUAAACUACCCAUUGCAAACACGUGCAUCAAUUGUUUAAAGUUACCACUUCAUACCUCUUACAAAGAGAAUAUGGACUUUGCAUUAGGUAAUACACAUGGUUUUGGAAUAGCUUAAUUCCUGGUCAGGUUAGUAUGCUAAUCUGAGCUUUGCACUCAGUUAAAUUAAUGAGUGUCAAUCAUUAAGUAAUUCUA